UAAAUAAGUGACUGUCUUUUUGCAAUGAGCAGUGUGUGUGUAUGUGUUUGAUCUGCUGCAGUCUCUGACGAGACAGCCAGACGCUACCCUACGGAACGAGCUCAGAGCUCAUUAUUUCCGAUCUUCGGAUAGUCCUGAGACCAGGCACACACCAGGACAACAAGUGAAGGAUGACUCAGACUAUGCUGCUAAGGCUCUGGAGUGUUUCUGGGUUGAAAGGAAAAGUGCAACGCUUUAUCUGCACAACAGCAAGUAGCCAACAGCUGGCCGAAGUAACUCUACAAGAUGCAAAACCAGUCACUGACAUUCCAGGACCAAGAAACUUCCCCCUACUGGGUUCAAUCCCCUCCAUGAUGAUGAACAAAGACUUCGAUUCGAAAAGGAUGCAAAUAUUCUGGAUGUCGCUGAUGAAACAAUACGGGCCGAUUGUGAAGCUUGUCAACCCUGGCAUUCCCCCAAUGAUCAUGGUGGCCAACCCCGAUGAUUGUGAAAUGCUCAACAGAGUGACACAAAACCAGCCAGCACGGACGCCGCUUGCCUCCCUCAAGCACCUCCGUGAUAACUGGACCGAUGACUACUUUGAGAAACGAGCAGGCAUUAUAGUGGAAAACGGGGAUGAAUGGUGGCGGGUAAGGAGCCUUGUGCAGACCACCUUGCUGAAGCCCAUGGUGAUAAACGAGUACCUAACUGAGAUGGAUGACGUCUCCUGCACCUUCAUGGACAGGAUCCAAGAGCUGCAAGAUAAAUACGGAGAGAUGCCGGACAACUUCCAGGACGAACUGUACAAAUGGGCGCUUGAAUCUGUGGGCGUUGUUGCGCUCGACCGACGGUUUGGAUGUUUGGGAGCACCCGAAGGAUCACUAGAAGCUCAGGAAGGAGAAGAACUCAUUAACCUGGUCAACACCCUGUUUUCAUCCCUGUAUGUGACGGAGAUGCGAACACAACUGUGGCGACUUUUCCAGACUCCUUCAUAUAGAAGGCUUAAAAUGAACCAUGAAAAGCUACUCAAGGUAGUGGAACGGAAAGUGGACGAGUCAGUGGAGUAUUUGCAACAGAGAAGGGACGAUGAUCACACGGGGAGGAAAUGCAGUGUGAUCCAGAUGCUACUCUCCAAGACAGGACUUUCGAAAAAGGACGUGAUCACUUUCAUUAUGGACAUUAUAUUCGCAGGGAUUGAUACGACUUCCCACACUAUGGCCUUCUGCCUGUAUCUUCUUGCGAGAAAUCCUGAGGCACAGAAAAAACUACAGGAGGAGGUUGACCAAGUGACGGCCGGCCUACAGGGUCCCCUCACCAUAAAACACAUGGCGCGCCUCUCCUACACCAAGGCCGUGAUUAAGGAAACGUUCAGAAUUUUUCCCCUUACCAUUGGGAUGGUGAGGGUGCUGAACAAAGACAUGGUGUUACAAGGCUAUAGGAUCCCUGCAGGGUACAACGUGUUAGUGUUGAAUUCCUUAAUGGGUUGGGAUGAGUCCUUUUACCCUCGAGCUAAUGAGUUCCUGCCUGAGCGGUGGAACAGAGCGCGUCCACUGGGCGAUAUCCACCCCUAUGCCAGCCUCCCCUUCGGUGCCGGCCCUAGGAUGUGUGUGGGACGCCGAGUGGCUGAGCAGGAGAUGUACACACUGCUUGCCAGGAUGGCACAGCGCUUCACUGUUGAGUACAACUACGAGGACAUAGAACAGGUGUCUGGUCUGGUGUUCUACCCUUCACGGCCUCUUCGGUUCUCCUUCGUACCUCGUUAACAGCGUGAACACCAUUUACCUUUGAACGGUACCCAUUGGUUUCCUUAAACCCUAACUAGAAGAACAAGUGAUGUUCGCAUACAUCAUGAUAAAUUGCUCUGUAAGCAGUAAACAGUCGAGAUAGAGCGCUAGACGUUUGCAUGCCGGUUCCACAGCAUUUGUUGCCUUGUGUUUUUACUCACGCUGGCCUGUAAACUCUAUUAUAGUAUCAUGGUUAUCCAUUUCUCCUAAGGAUUGGCGUUAGAAAAUGUUACUUUAAUAGGAAAAGCUAAGGUAAAACAGUGAAAGCUCAUUUAACUGCUGCACUAUAUAUAUGAGUGAAGACCGAACUGCCAUGCCUUGGAAAAUUUAGCAAGCACUCACUGCAUCCACAACAUAUGUCGAAUGAAAACUUAAACAUACAAAAAUAUAUCAACUUCACCCUUGCCAUAAUUGUUCAGUACUUAAGUAAUACAGACAUCUAAUAUUCAAACAUGCAAAGCAUGGUGUCCUAUCAUAUCAGGAGUUAAGAAUUCAAAACUUCCAACCUAAAUCUUAUUUCUGACCAUCUUUACGUGUGUCUUUUAGGGUCGUUUACAAGUAUAAGCAGAUCGGUAAACUACCAAUGGCAUAUGUAUCUCGUAUCAUAUCACCCUUAAUUCGUAGAAAAAAAAAUGUAAUGCAUCUAGCGGGUAUUCUGGAGUUCGACGCAAAUACCAAGCAACGCACUUCAGUUAUCAUUAGGCAUUCGAAUCUGAAUCGAGAAUUCAAAUCCCAAACCAUGAUACAACUAAUAAUGUGCUCUAUCGACUUCACUAUUUCUUGAAUGUAAACAACUGAAGCAAAAUAGAAAUAUGCGGAAUCUGAAGGGAUAGAGAAUAGCAAAAUCCAAUCAACACAUCAGGCAAACACUUUAAUUUUGUCCAUAUUUCUCCUUUAAUUAUAGCAGCCAACUCCUCAGCAUACUGAUACAAAUAUGUCAUAAUCAACACACGGAUCCCACCACAAUAAGCACUACCUUGGUCAACACUAUUAGCACUGAAAUUCCGAAAAUUGAUAUUUAUAUAUAGAGUAAUCUUUACUGUACACAAAGAUAUUAUGUGAUAAUCAUUCAUUCAGCUUGGACAAAAUUCUCCUUUCUUAUGAAGGAUAAGGCUUUGUGGCUCCUCUGUGUAAACUGUUUUCUUCUUGAAGGGUUGGACAUCUACGAAAAGACAUGGAAAAGUGCAGGGUUACAUCAUUAGCCUAAGAGUGGAGAGGAAAAGAAAUUUGAUUUAGAAUACCAUUAAUGAAUAAUAGAAAAAGAGUGGGUGAUAGGACAAAACCCUGAGGAACAUCACAGUUUACAGAUUUAAGAGAAGAACAGUCAUCGUCUAUCACUGUAUAAAAAUAGAAGAGUCAGAAGGGAAACAUAAGAUAGAAUUGCAAAGAGAAGGAUAGAAAGCGCAGGAGGGUAGAUUGGAAGUCGAACCUUAGUGCCAGACCUUAUCAAAGACUUUUAAUAUGUCUGAGACAACACCAUUAAUUUCAUCAAAAUCCUUAAAAAAGAAAGACCGAGACUCAGUAAUGAUAAAUAGAUGAUCACCAGUACAGCGGUCUCAACAUAAUCCAUACUACCGAUCAGAUAUAAGGUUGCGAAAUGAAAAACGUUGAUUCUUCCUGUUGAGAUAGAUUGAAAGGAAGGAAGGAAGCUGAAAGCAUACGUCGUUAAUUAUAACACACACACACACACACACACACACACACACACACACACACACACACACACACACACACACACACACAAACACACACACACACACACACACACACACACACACACACACACAAGUGAUUUAAUUUGUCAAUUAGUACGAAAUUGAGAUACACAUGUGUAAACUUUGAAAUAGUAAAUUGUCAGAAAUUGAUAAUACAUUGAAUGAAUUUCUAAAUCACUGUGGUUUUUAUUAUUGUUGAUAUGUUUAAUUUAUUAAAAAAGAACACACACAAAAGAAACAGCAGUUUUUCCAACUGACUGGACUUAGGGUGUUAUGAAACCCUUGUUUAAACGUAAAGGUGAUAUAAAUAAUGUGGAUAAUUAUAGAGAUAUAAUUAUCAGUUGUUUAGGAAGACUAUAUAUAGCAAAUAAACACAAAGUUGAACAAUUAUUUAGUUUUAGAGUGCAUAUUAUGUAAUGAACAGGCAGACUUCAGAAAAGACUAUAGCGCACUUGACCACAUACUGACUUUUUAGAUAUUGAAUAAUUUCAUAUUACCAAUGAUAAGAAACUGUUUUGUGUUUUUAUAGAUUAUAGAAAAAAAAUAUUGAUAGUACAUACAUACUUGUGGUCAAAACUGCUUAACAAUAACAUCAAUGGUGAAGUCUUAAAAGGUUAUCCAAAAUAUACAUAAAACUUCACUUUUCUUGUGUAAAGUUGAACAACUUUGUGUAUGAGUAAUUUUCGUGUGAUGUUGGUGUUAAAUGGUGAAAACCUGUCUACUUUUAUACUUGCUAUUUUCUUAACGAUUUUAAAACUCAUUUAUGGAAUAACUUUUACUGAAGAUAAUGCAACCCAUAACUUGAACACUGAUGAUUUUCAGGUAUAUUUGAAGCUAUAAAGUUAAAGUUUAUUUUCCGUGACAAUACAGAAAUACUGGCUGAAAAAGUGUACUAGUUACAGGACUCCCUGAGGUGGGGGCUUAGAUACAAUCGAGGUUUUGUUUUUUCUAAGAGGAAAGCAAGGAUAUUUAAAGCAUAAAAGAAUUACACUUGGUAAUUAGGAAAUAGUUGUUUAUGAUAAUGCAUAUUUAGGAACAUUUAACUAUAGCGACACUAUAGUUAAAGAUAAAGAAAAGCAAAUUGUUUCAGCAAGAAAAGGCUAUGUCAGUUUUGUUGUAUGGUGAGAGUUGUUGGGUUUGGAAAGCAAUAGGAAGUUGAAUAGUGCCCAUAACGGUUUUCUGAGAAAGUUAUUGGGAAUAAACUAACGCUGCUGUUUAUGACCAAAAGUGAGCUUGAUGCUAAGUGAACAGAAGAUUAUAUUGUUAACGAAAUUAUGAAUUUUUGGAUAAGAGUUGCAGCUCACGAUCACAAUAAAACUAUAAUAUGAAACAUGAUUGUGAAACGAUUGUAUAAACAGAAUGUAUAUAGACUACCUUGGAUAGUUAAAAUGAAUAACUUGUUACAUAAUUAUGGAAUGCCUAAUAUUUCCAUUAGUGUAAAUAACAUUAAUAAUAAAUGGAUAAGGGAUACACUCAAAUUGAUAUGUAACGAGACAUGUAGGCAACUUACAGUAGUCUUGCUUGCUUUGAUUAUGUAAUCAUGACAAAAAAAAAUAUUGAUCAAAAUUACCUCUAAAAUGCUUUAAUCAAUCUGCAAACUCAAACGUGCUAACUAUCACUUACCAGUUCUUGAAAGCAGAUUUAAUAAUGUUAGAUUAAAAGCUGGUAUAUUACGAGUAUGUACACAUUGUGAUACGAAUAAUCCAAAAGAUGAGUUUCAAUACCUUUUCAAGUAUCCUUUUUUUAAUGAUGGUAGUAAAUUGUACUUAAAACCUCAUUGUUGCAGGUCCUAAUACAUAUGGCAGAACUCUUCUCUGGUAAUGAAAAGUUAGUGCUCCUAAAAAAAGUAAAUUUCUGAUAUUUGUUUUUCUUAUAAUAUUCUUUUAUGAUGUUUGUAAGGAUUCAAAUGUUCGAUGAUUCAAGGGCAUAUGUUAUUGCAAACUAUACGGUAUAUGUUUCAUAAAAAAAAAAAAAAAAAAUGCAAUUUUUGCAAUAUAUAAUGGAUAUGACUAUUUUCUGUCAAGGUAUGAUAUUAUACUAUAUGUAACUUUUCAAUGCUAUUCUUAUAAACACUUCCGGUUCUGUCUGAACUAA